AUGCUUGCCUCCAAGUUGUUCAUAGGUCGCUGCACACGUUCCGGAUUGCGUUUCUUGCAAACACAGCGGAAUGUAGCGGGUGGAAUACCACCUCCACUCAAGGGUGUCAAGAUCCUUGACCUGACGCGGGUGCUCGCAGGCCCUACCGCGACCAUGCUACUUGCAGACUUAGGGGCAGACGUGAUCAAGGUUGAACAGUGUGGAAAAGGCGACGACACGAGAACGUGGAACGCUCCCUCAGCCCCUCUUCUUUCUUCAGCCGAUCAAACUCUUCCUCCCGAAUCCGCCUACUUUUUAGCAGUCAAUCGUAACAAACGUUCCAUCACGAUCAAUUUCAAGUCGGAUGAGGGUAUUGCUAUCUUGCACAAGCUCGUCGCCCAGUCUGAUGUACUUGUGGAAAACUAUAUUUCCGGUAAACUCGCUGAAAUGAAGCUGGGGUGGGAGGAUUGUAGGGAGAUUAAUCCACGCUUGGUGUACGCUUCAAUUACUGGCUAUGGACAAACCGGUCCGUAUAGAAAAGCAGCGGGCUAUGAUGUGAUUAUUGAAGGUGAAGCGGGGUUGAUGCAUAUAACAGGUGAACCCAACCGUCCUCCGUCCAAAGUAGGUGUAGCAGCCACCGAUAUCGCUACUGGUCUUUAUGCACAUGGUGCAAUCAUGGCCGGACUGUUAUCGCGCCAGCAAACUGGAAAAGGCGUUUGGAUAGAUUGCAACUUAUUCGAGACUCAGAUCGCGGGAUUAGCAAACAUAGCAUCCAACUACUUGAUCGCCAACAAAGAGGCCUCCAGGCACGGUACUGCACAUCCAUCGAUAGUCCCUUACCAGGUUUUCCCGUGUAAAGAUGGCUUUAUCAUGAUAGGCGCUGGGAAUGACAGGCAGUUCACAUCGUUCUGUACCAAGAUUCUCUCCCGGCCCGACCUUCCUGAAGACCCUAAGUUCUCUUCCAACAUCGUCCGCGUUCAGAAUAGGGAGGAGCUUGUGAAGAUAAUCACUGAUAUCCUCAUGACGAAGAAUCGCGACGAAUGGCUAGCGAUGUUUGAAGGGAUCGGUGUUCCGUACGGACCUAUCAACAACAUUCGGGAGACUUUCGAACACCCUCAGGCAAUCGCAAGGAAGGUGACAGUGGAAGUAGACCAUCCACGUGCAGGUAAGAUAAAACUGGUCGCACCGGCUGUAUCAUACAACGGAGAGAAGAUGCCUGUUCGUUUGCCGCCCCCAUGGCUCUCACAACAUACCAAUGAGGUCCUGGGAGAGCUGGGAUACUCGGAAAGCGAGAUCAAGAAGCUUAGAGAAAAGGGUGUUGUAUAG